AAUCCAAGGAAGUGGACGAACACUGAAUGUGUCCUCUCAUAACCUUCAAAUCUGUAUUUUCGUACUUGUAUCUUCGCGAGACGAUACGAAGCGACAAAUUUGUUGGCCUUAUUCACUUUCUGCACAGCUGAUCGUUCAUUUACACGAGAUUUGCGCGAGAUCGAUGACCACAGGUUACACAUUUACUAAGUGUGGGUCAUGCAGACCACUUGCAGAGUAAUGUAAUGAAUAGCUGUGGGAACUCUAAUACUAGCACGAGGCUACGUGGUUCCAAGUGUGCCGAGACUCAAGACGAGUCUAUAAAUCAGGGAGGAGAUAUAGAGAAAGAAGAUAGUGGCGUGAUAAGUGGUUAUAGUGUAAAUGAUCUUAAUGUACCACGCAGCACUUUGGUCAUUUGUCAGCGAAACUCCAACUACUCUUCAGAUUACGGUUUUGCAAGAUUUAAGCCAAGACUUAGCGGUGUUCCAAGAAAUGAAUUUCGAAUGGCACGUGGCGGUAGCUCUACAGAUCGUGCUAGGGGUGGAACACGUGGGAGGGCUUUUAAAAAGACCCUCAAUGAUCGCGAAUCGAAUUCAGAGUCCAGCUAUCACUCUACAUCUAGAUCCAAGUUUCAAGAAUCGUUGAAAAAUCAUGAGAACGCACAGGGCAAAUACUAUGAUGAUAAAAGAAUAAAUGAGGACUCGAGAAUUUCUAAGCUUUUGCGACGAUUAUGUCGUGAAGAUGAUUAUGAUCAUCUCAUGGUACUUUGCAAGCAAGUGCAAGAAAGUAUCGUCGCACAUGAAAAUCAACGAUACAUACGACGAAACUUGGAAACUAUUUGUGAAAGUCUGUUAGAUUUCUUGCAUUCUGGUCCUGGUCAGGAGGCAAAGCAGCAGGUUGCAAAAUGUUUGGGUCGAAUUGGAUAUGUGGUGGAACAAGAUUUUAAAAGAUAUAUGGAUUGGAUCUUUAAUAAAUAUUCAUUAGAGCAUAAAGAUGAUGUGAAAUGCCUGUUAAUGAAGUCACUUAUCGAAACGCUCAAGAUGGACUCUGAGAUAUCAAAAUUGAAAGAAUUCUCCAUGCCGAUGAUGUCCCAAUUACAGUCAAUAUUAGAGAAUGUCGACAGAGCAGACUUACUGGUAGCAACUGUGGAUGCUAUAUUACUCAUCAUAGAUUCUUAUCCAGAAACGUUCACGAACCACUUCCGCGAUACUGUGGACAUACUUGUGGGUUGGCACAUCGAUUCCACGCAACAAAAGUCAGUUGUCAUUUAUGCGAGUCGAUGUUUGCAAAAGUUGCGCUCGUUCUGGAUAGCGGAUCUGCAGUUUACUCUAACGUUACUAGGCCAAUUUUUGGAGGAUAUGGAAAGCUACGACGAAGAAUUGAAUUCGCCCGAAUCCGGUCGUACUUCGCCCGGUGAUGAUGGAUCCCCAACACCGAGGGAAUGCAUUCUGCGAAUUACGUCGUUAAUAUCCGUCUUUAAUACAGUAACAAAGAGCAUAGCCGAGCAUCUGAAUCCAAAUCUUGCACCCAACGUACAAUGGUCUUUUCUAACGAAUUGUUUAUCGAAAAUGCUAAAGACCGUUGUCAAAGCGAUCGAAUUGGAAGAAGAGAAUGACACUUGGCUCAAGAUAUCCAAUGAUCCAGAAAACUUGAUCAAAUAUGUAAGAAACAUGAGUUCGUCGCAAGAACGUGUUGAAAUACUUUCCAAACAUUUUAGUAAAGACGACGUUACUGAGGAAAAUCUUAUUAAGAUGAUAAAGUCAUUGACUAUAAAUAAAAAAAAUGAUAAGAAGAAUCUCAAGAUAGCUUCUGACAAAGGAAAUGCUCUGUCCAGGGAGAAAGGACAGUUGUUAAUGAAUGUAAUGCGAUCGAUGGAACCAAAAGUCAAACAGAUUGAAAACUUGUCGGAAGAAAAGGAAGAAUUGAUUGUAGUCGCGAAUGAAUGCGCCUUCUUGCUCCUUGGUUAUCUUCAAAGUCGAAUAACAAAGAAUCACGAGCUUCUCUAUAAAUUUAUCGAUCUUCAGUUACAAAGAAUUAACAUCUUUUGGGACGAUACCAUUAUUUCCAUGUUGAAUAUCAUAUCAAAAAUAAUAAAGGAGGUAUCUGCGAACCUGCCAUUGGAGUUGGUGCACACAUUACUUGGCAAGAAUUCGAUGCUGCUGAAAUUAAGAUUCCGAAAUUCCAUUACCAUUCAAAACGCGAGUUUGAGCGUAUAUCACAGUCUUCUGAGCCUAAAGAAUAUUCCACUAUUACAGGAAUCUUAUCGCUAUAUAUUAGCGGAUUUAGAGAUAGCUUACAAACUUAUACUACCCGAUAUAGAUAUUUUAGUUGCAGACAAUCCGUUGAACGAUUUGCAAUAUACAAAGAGCGACGUUGAGAUUAUAGUUACUUUCAUACUACGUGCGCUUUCGGACAUAGCAAACGCAAGUAAUUCGAUUAUUGGAAUGUGGGCUUUAAAGCCCAGUAUCUUGGAACUUCUUGCAGUCAAGUUAAAACCGUACAAUACUGCAUUGUCUAUAGCGAGUCCGUUUUUGCAAUAUAAUAUUCUGUAUUUGCUCUAUGCGCAUUGUUCCAGGUACAAUCACUUCGUUUCAAGCUCCAGCUUGAUAACAGGUACUACCGCUUCUCGCCCGAUGGAUAUGUUUCCCGGGACUUUAGAUGUACCGACUACGUCACCAGCCAGCGGUCAUUUGUCUAUAAUUCUCAAUUUAAUAGCAAAGACAUAUAACAAAAAUACGCCCGCAUGCACUUUACUCCUUUUGUCCACCUGGUUGCAAGAGAUUUGCGUACAAUCUGAGAAAUAUAUUGGAAUCUUGAGCGAAACAACAACGAAUGACGAUGUUGCGAGCGCGGCAUGCAAUCUCUUCGAAAUGUUAAUGACCGCAAAGGAUGUCGUAUGGAAGCAAGAGACCUACUUGAGUAUUGUGGACUUAGCGACUUUGCAUUUGACUUCGUGCAACAAAACGAUCCGCGAAAAAUACGGCGCUCUGUUAAUGUGUAUGCCCAUUAACAUUGUUUUAUCAAAAUUGAACAAACAGCAUUUAUUCUCAGACACCAAGAAGGUACGAGAGAUCGUGACUUAUUCGACAGAAUCGUUGAUUCUCGCUCAAAGAUUGCACAUGCGAAGUAACAACAAUGGGGAAUUGUUGGCGCAGCAUUUCAAAACGUACAUGGCGUUUCUACUGCAAGAACAUUAUCUCGACGCAUCUGGAUUAUCGGAAAUAUUUACUUUAUGUUGGCCAGCUGUACCAGAGAACGGAACUACAGCGAAGAUGUAUGAUUUGGCGUUGGCGAAUUGUUCGUUUCUGUUUUUCUGGAGCGGUUUCGAGGCAGCGCAACAUUGUGUCCUCAACAAGCUGCGCACUUCUCUGGGGAAGCCACAGGAAACGUUUACGUCGAUUGAGAGUGCUCUGAAGAUUCUGGCUCGCGAGAUAUCGUGCCACAACCUGGACAUGGUGAAGAAGCAGGGAUUAGAAAGGCAGGAAUUAGAUCGCAUCUUGCACGAGCACACGCGAGUACGACUCUUCGUCGAGUUCCUGGAACAUCUAGAAAGAGUGAUUCACAAUGCGGCCGAUGGUUGCGCGAUGGCGCUCUUACCACUGUCAAAACCGGUCAGAACCUUCUUCCAUACGAACAAGUCGACGUGCAAGGAAUGGCUGAAUCGUAUACGGUUAGCCUUAUGCGUAGUCUCGUUGCACUCCGGCCUGGCGACGAGUGCGCUGCGAAACGGUCAGAGAUUACUAGAGGAUUUGAGCAAUGCUGAUAAUACGCAAGGUAUCGAAUUUGAGAGGGCAACAUUGUGGACUACACAGGCGAUGGUUGCGCUCGGCGAAGCGGAGGCGUUGCAGGGCCUCUACGUUUACACCAAGAGCAAGGACAGACAGUUCUCGUGGUUGAAAGCAGCGAUGGAGGAGGCCGCCGGGCGUUACGAGUCAGCGGCGGAUGCCUACAAGCAGAUCAUCGACGAUCACGAUCAUGUUAAAACAAAUGAUGAUGAAGGCGGCAGAACCGCGAGACUUGAGAGCGACAGUCAAGUGCUGGGCUUCUGCAUGCAAAGACUUUCCAAUUGUUAUAAAGCGGUUAGUGACUGGUCUGGAUUAGUGGAAUGGAAAUCACGAGAGACCGAGAUGCUGACGCAAGACAAUUAUGCCGUCCUGAGAAAGCAAAUUGCAGAAAAUAUUGUUCCGCAGCAGGCGGAUUGUCUGAAAAAGUUUGAGGAGGGCAAGCUGAUCUCCUUGGACGAGUUGUCGAAUUGGAACUUGCUGGAGAAGAAAAGUAAUUGGAGCUGUGCGAAAACGUUGGCUGCGUGCAGCAACAAUUUGACGAACGUUGCGCUGAGAAUUCGCCUUAACGAAUUCGACGAUCCGUUUGACGAUAGUAUUAUCGAGAGAUGCCAAAAGGUUGCGGCCAAGGUGAUGCAGGACGGAUUGCGGAAUGUACCAUCGGAGUAUCUCAGUGAUGCUAUACUGCUCCAGUAUUCUGCAACGGGGCUGAAGAACAUAUCGCGCGGCAAAAAAGACAAGAACGUUUUCGAAUUAUACAAGGUUGAUAAAGUGAAUAAUAUCAAUUCGAACAUUUUAACGCAAGUCUUGUGGUGGUCCGAGUAUCUGGAUCAGGCAUGCGACAGCGGCUCUACGGAGGUGGACAGUCUACGAUUACAUGUUGUCAGAAUGGCCAGGAAAGAAGGCAACUUUAAUUUAGCGAAACGAGAGAUGGUCAAGUACUUGAAAUCGGAGCAAGACCUCAUUCGACUGGAAAAUCCGACCGCUUGUACUUUUACUGAGAUCACAAGCGGCAUGCUGAACGGGCCUAUCCACGUGAAAUGGACUAAGAGUAGUAUGCGCGCAUUCAGAGAAUUGUCGAAAUUAUUAUAUGACAUGGAGAAGACGAGCGAGGCUUUGAGGAUGUGUUGCGUGACCGCGUUGGGAAUCUCUCAAGCGAUCGUUAGUGGCGAACAGUCUGCUGAUUUGCGAGAAACGGGAACUAAGCUCUUGCUUACCCUGGGUAAGUGGAUACAACAGGACACAAACGUGAACGAGAAUCUUCAAUUGGAGGAAUUGCUCCGAUUCGAAGCUAUGCACAACGACGGCUUGAUGGACAAGCUGUUUGGCGAGACGAUCGAUCUGAUUCCUACGUCGGACAUGAUAAUCGGUAAACUGAUGCAACUUGGCGUGAAUCAGUGUCCGGAUCUGCCGCGUGCCUGGUCCAGUUUUGCCGCUUGGUGUUACAAGUGGGGCCGGAAAAUCGUGGACAACUCCAACUCUGGUCAAUUGACGGAUACUGAUCGGAUAAACAUACAGUCCUUAUUGCCGAUGGAUAUAGCCGAAACUGAUCUCAACACCAUUUUCUCUAUACUAAGCCAGAACAAAACCAUACCUGAGGACGAGGGCGAUAUCGACAUGAACGACAUAAACACAUCUGACAUGAUAGAGAAUCAAUUGAGGAAUGUGUCGGUCUUGAGCCAUGCCAGCAACGAACAUCUCGGUAUGCUGGUCGACAUUUGGCGACAGGCGCAGAAGAGGAUCUAUUCGUAUUACGAGCUUUCGGCGAAUGCGUACUUUAAAUACUUGCAAUUAGCGAAUAAUGACAGCAACGAGUGCGACACCAUCACGGCAACGUUGAGAUUACUGAGACUCGUGGUGAAGCACGCUCUGGAGUUGCAGAAUGUCCUCGAAGCCGGUCUCUCGACAACCCCGACUGCGCCAUGGAAAGAGAUUAUACCGCAGUUGUUUUCGAGACUCAGUCAUCCCGAGGCAUACGUGAGGACUCAGGUAUCCGAGCUGUUGUGUCGAGUGGCGGAGAAUUCGCCGCAUUUGAUCACGUUCCCGGCGGUGGUGGGCGCGGUAUCCGGUCAGAAAAAAAUGUACGACAAGGUCGUUUACGAAAAGCCCGACGACAAUGAUAGCUCGCAGAAUGAUACAGAUAAUUUGAACGCUGCCAUGGAGGAACAAGAGGAGAAAGAAAGAGAGGAGAAUGAUGACGGAGAAGAGGAGGACGAGGAGGAAGAGAAGGAAGAAGAGGAGGAGGAAGAAGAAGAGGAGGAGAAGAAAGAGGACGAUGAUGACGACGAAGAAAAAACAGCAGCAGAAGCAAUUGCAUAUAACGACGAACAUGAGAGUUUUAUGGAUUCCUAUUUCUCGCAGUUGGUCGAUUGUCUCUCGAGUCGCAUACAGGAUUCGGUGAUUCAAGUGAAGGUGCUGGUGAAGGAGCUCAGACGAAUCACAUUGUUGUGGGACGAACUGUGGUUGGCAACAUUGUGUCAACACCAUACCGAGAUUACCAAACGAUUCGAGCAGCUAGAGAUUGAGAUUCAGCGGGUGCAGGACAAUAUCUGGCUUACGCUCGAAGAGAAGGAUAAAUUGAUCGCGGAGAAGCAUAGGAUUAUUUUGAAGCCGAUUACAUUUAUAUUAGAAAAUCUCCUAUCUAUGACGUCCGUACCUGCCGAGACGCCGCACGAGAAGACCUUUCAGGAAAAGUUUGGCGCUUCUAUAGAGGAGGUGAUAAAUCGAUUGAACAAUCCCAAGAAUCCAGCAAAGCCUCAAAUGGCCAGUUUGGCCUUGAAACAUUUGGAAACCAAGUUAGCGCAACGCGUGCACCGACGAGCCGCUUAUUCUCUGUCAAUGAUGGACAUCAGUCCUAUUCUGGCCAAUCUGAAGGACACCCGUAUCGCCAUGCCGGGCGUCGCUGCCGUCGAUAAUAAGAUCGUCACCAUUAUGUCGGUGGACAAUAAUGUUCAGAUUCUACCAACGAAGACAAAGCCUAAAAAAUUGAUAUUCCACGGAUCCGACGGCCACGUUUAUACGUAUUUGUUCAAGGGACUAGAGGACUUGCAUCUGGAUGAGAGGAUAAUGCAAUUCCUGAGUAUAUGUAACACCAUGAUGUCAAAGAAUAGCGAUACCAAGGUCUACAGGGCGCGGCACUAUUCAGUGAUCCCGUUAGGUCCCAGAUCCGGUCUCAUUCAAUGGGUCGACGGCGUUACGCCACUGUUCAUACUUUAUAAGCGAUGGCAGCAGCGCGAGUGUGCCGUGAUCAGCAAGACCGGUGGUGGCAAUUCUGCGAUUAUGCGACCGUCGGAACUGUUUUACAACAAGUUGACGCCGUUGUUGAAAGAGUGCGGGAUCGGUUUGGAGAACCGAAAGGAGUGGCCUAUUCAUGUGCUGAAAAAAGUUUUGGAGGAAUUAAUGAGGGAGACUCCGAAGGAUCUACUGGCAAAAGAGAUCUGGUGUAACAGUAUCAACGCCGGUAGCUGGUGGCAAGCUACCAAGAACUACUCAUAUUCCGUUGCGGUAAUGUCCAUCAUUGGCUACAUCAUAGGUUUAGGCGACAGGCAUUUGGACAACGUUCUCGUUGAUCUUAACACCGGCGAAGUUGUACACAUUGAUUACAAUGUCUGCUUCGAAAAAGGAAAAACUCUACGUGUCCCGGAAAAGGUGCCGUUCCGCAUGACACCAAAUAUUAAAACGGCUUUAGGAGUAACCGGGGUCGAGGGUAUAUUUAGAUUCGCUUCCGAGCAUACUCUAAGAGUGAUGCGUAGAGGCCGCGAGACGCUGUUGACCCUGUUGGAGGCUUUCGUCUACGAUCCUUUGGUAGAUUGGCGGGCGGGCGCGGACACGAGCAUAGCGAGUUACGGUGCUUGCCAGGCCAGAGCGAGAUGCACCGGCGUUGGAAGAAAACAACUGGAGCAGGAGCUCACGCGUGCAAUGUUUGCAGUAAGAACGGCGGAGAUGCGCGCCGAGUGGCUAGCUAAUCGAGAUGAAUUGGCUAAAACUUUGCCGCUGCUGUGCCAUCACUUGAACAGCUGGAUCGAGGCGACCGAAGCGUCACGUCAGUGCCAGGAUUUACUGCAGGAUCGACAUCAGCAGCUUGCGCUAGUGAAAGAAGCGCAGGCGAUCGGUCGGAAUCACGCGUUAUAUUCGCUAGUUAAGCGAUACAAUUCGUUCAAACGAGCGCGAGAUUCUCACGAGAAAGCAAAGGCAGGCUUGAAGGAGAAGAUAGAGGAGUGCGAGAAACAGAUAAAUAUGCAUAAUAUCGCGCUGGCUGCAGUACGAGGAUCCCAACUAGGACAGUGGCUGGCGGAAUUGGGAAACUUGACCAAUCAACAAGAUCACGUAGUGUUCGAUCUUGUGAAGGAAUUUCUGCAAAACGCCGGACAAAGUCAGAUGAUAGUGCAAUGCGAGCAGUCGGAGAACGAGCUGAUGCAACUGGCUACCGACCAGGCCUUCUCCAUAAGCAAAUGUUUAGAGCUGUUGAGCCAAUAUUCCGCCAUCUGCAACCUGUACCCUCUAAGCAUUCUGUCGCAACACCGUGCCGUGCUCUAUCACACUUGGGCGAGCGAGCUGUUAGCCACGGGUACCGUCGAGGCAUGUCACGAAAUCAUGGCGCGGUUCGAAACGAGUCUAAAUCCAAUCAAUCCGAACAAUCCGCAGGGUCAGCAGAUAAUAACCUUUUCGUAUCAGAUGGAAGCGAUCUUGAAUGAGUCUAGCGAGAGAUACAAGAAAGCUUAUGAGAGGACAGUAUCCCAAGGCUUACCGGAAGCCGGCAAUAGAAUUGAGAAGGCGUAUGCUGAGUCAAGAGCACAGAUUACCGGAUUUUUGCGGCGGGAAAAGGGUGCGGAGAAAGCGUUCGAAUGUGUCAAUAUCACCGCGCUGUGUUCCUUGAACAUGCGAUAUUUGAUGAUGGAGGGCGCUGCCAAGUGCGCCGGAGAUUGUUUAGUGGAUCUUACAUCCCGCGAGGGGGACUGGUUCCUGGACGACAUGCGUCUGGUGUCGUCGUUGAUUGUCGAGUUUAUCACGCUGAUACCAGAGAGCCACAAGACGAACAACACCGAUCCCAAGAUUGCGUUGAUAUUCAAAUGCCUGAGAAGCGCCGAUUGUAUUUACAAGGGUCUACAGGAUCUCAAUUACAACUUCCAAACUAUCAUCUUGCCGGAAGCGAUGAAGACUAUCAUCACGGAGGAGCCGAGUGUCAUGCGAAUGAUAAGCGAACUCGAUGAGAUUAUAAUACUGACCGGAAUACCGCUCGGUGAUAUUCUGGCGCAGCUUGAGAUGCAUCUCCGAUUCACUGUGAUGGAGAUGGAGAGCCCGCACGCGGUAGUACAGAAUAUAGUGAAUAACAUAAGAUUACGAUUCGAGGCGUUACUGUCGCGACAGGCGGAAGUUCAGGAUUUGAAUCAGGAGGAAAGUCUAACGCCAGGUCAAAUGUUACUAAUGGGUUUCAACGGUUUGUUUGAAAAAGUGCAAAUGGAAGGUAACGCCUUAGUGACUAUCCUGAGUUCCUUGGACAUUCCGAUGAACUGGAAGAAGAUUGAUCAGAUACGCGAGGCUAAGGAGAUGUCGGUGCCCAUUUUCAACAAGGCGAUCCGACAAGUCCUCGAAGACAUAUUUCUAAUCAAGAGAUUGCACACUAUACAAGAGUUCUUCAUGAUGUGCAGGGACAUUGCUACUGCAUUCAAGGGCGGAUUAGCAAACGUAUACGACGAUGAACGACUUAACAAGCCCGUCCGACUAUUCACUGCCGAUUACGUUUCAAGACAAUUGCUCGGAGUGACGACGCAGACAUUGGCGAUCACUUUGUGUUUCCUGCUACAGCGAAUGGGCCUGAAUGUAACUACCGAGAUCGAACAGAGAGAUAUUGGAGCAGAAAGCAAGGUCUCGCUAGAGGAGCUGUGUCGGAAGAUGAUAGAUCUGUGCUUGAAGAGGGGAUUGUUCUCGGGUUCGGUCUUUACGCAAGGGAGUGCGUUGAAUAGUACUUUGGAAAGCACUUGGCGACGGAAACAGGUUGCUAGAUUGGCGCAACAGAGCGCCAAGGUAGCCAGAAUCAGUCUUCAAAGACUUCAACUUCAGCAGACAGCUUAUCAUUGGUUACACGAAGAUGUCCUAAUGAUGAGACCCAAUAUUAAUCCAAUGAAUCCAAUGAAUCCGAUGCAUCCUAUAAAUCGUUUGAAUCGCUCUACCUUCAUGCUCGAGUUACGAAAAAAGGCAGCGAAAUUGUCAAACUUGCAGUUGCGAGUGUGCGAAGCACGCGAGCAACAACAGAAUCUCGUUUCGAGUGCUGUACAACGUCUCAAAUGGGCUGCUGGUGCCAAUCCAGCACUGGGCGAAGUCAUGUCCGCGUUCGACAACGCGGUAUUAUCGUCGUGCGAUAAAUUGACUAGACAGCACAAUUUAGCCGCAAUGAUAGUGAACACGUGCAAUUCCAUACUGCACUAUGAGGCCCUGAGAACCAGGACGUCGGAGAGUGUGACGCACGAUACCAACCUAGUCAAAUUGAUUAAGCACUGGGAGGAGAGUUGUGUAUUGACGGUCAACCUGAACAUUACCGUUACUAUGACAGAGGAGAGCCUCGUACAGCUGCUGCAAUUGGAGAACAACGUGGAUGCCACGUGGUUAAAGCAAGCCGAGAAAAUGGUAUCCGAAGCGAUAAUCGACACUCAGAAGAAACUGCAGGAGAAACAAGAGGCUCUCUUCACGGCCGAAGACUAUUUGAGGGAGCGAGUGAUGGAUCUGCAGAACGUACUCACCGAGCAUCACCGAUUAAUGUCGGACGUUAGAGCGUUGCUAAAGACAAUGGCCAAGCAGGAGAAUAUCGACGGUCUGCAGGAUUUUCUGUUUGCCUAUCGGUCUUUCACGGAGAGUAUUUCGGCGGCAGUGAAGGAACUGGAAGCCGAGAAUUUCGACUCUGUUCGCGGCACGGCGAUGAAGGAAGAAUUGGAGGCGAUGGCGAUCAAAGUGCCCAGUCUGUACAAUCGAUUGCUGGAGUUUGCGAGUGAGCGCAAAUUGAAUUCGACGAAAGGCGCGGAGAAGCCAGCAGCAGGCAAUCUGCCAAGGAAGAGAAAGAAGAGGAAGAAGGGCAAAUUGGUGCGGCAGAACAGUGUAUGCCUGAGUCCGAGGAAGGGGACACCGUUGGCCAGAGAUCCGACCACGGGCAAGGCCGUGCAAGAGCGGAACGCCUACGCGCUGAACGUGUGGCGCCGCGUGCGUAUGAAACUGGAGGGUCGCGAUCCGCAACCGUCACGCAAGUAUACCACGGCCGAACAGGUGGAAUACGUGAUACGUGAAGCACAGAGCAACGAUAAUCUGGCCUUGUUGUACGAGGGCUGGACACCGUGGGUCUGAACGGACGAUGGCUGGCGUUCGCGCGCCCCGAUGGCUCGACACUCGUCUCACACGGUACUCAAAUUCGUACCGUCGUACCUACGUCGCCCUACGUCGCCGUAGGAGGCAAAACACUCCGCUCGAAACCAGCUGGUGGAGUAUCCGGCAAAAACCGGGUAACAUGUCGGUUUCACAGCUCGAUCGUGGAUCGACCUUUCCGACGCGACAAUGGAAAAUCCACUGUGCCACCGAAUGCCGAUUCUAUAGUUAUCUCAAAAACGAGGCCGCGAUCUGUUACUUGGCGAUAAGGACGGUCUCUUCCCUUUCUCCUCCCUCUCCCCUUCUCCCUCCUCCUUUUCUUUUAAAGGAAACCAGAAUCAUGAGCAUGUACAAUCUCGACUGAAUACGGAUAAGUAGUAUUCUUUUGGAAGAGCCACGAAUUUUUGGGAGAAAUGUAGAAUCGGCCAUGUAUUCUUACGCUAACGGUGUAGUCGCGAGAAGUUCGGCUGACGAUAUUGAUGGCAAGUCCGAUGAUAACGACGAUGACGAUGAUGAAGAUGAUGAAAAUCUCGAUAACGGUCGUUGCGAUAAACAGUCGCUGUCAACAUUUACCGUAUGAUGGCUAAUAAACGAAUUGCACAAACUUGCUGUCGUGUAAUGCCAUCGUGUCAGGAAGAAAAUACAUACCUGACAUUUUAAUCGAUAUCUGAAUCGAUAUUUGCACCGAUGUAACUCUAGAUAUACGUACGGUGUAUACGCGCGAGCACAUUUGAUGAUUAAUUUAGAAUCCGAGCUGAUUAUGUAGACAACACAUACCCCAUUGCAGCAUUAUAUGUUUUAACCGAAAUGAAAA